AUGGAUAAGAAUGCUGUAAAUGAUAUUGAAAUGGAUGGUAAAUUUAUUGCAGACAGUUAUAUAUAUGAAAUAUCAAGUCCAAAUAAUUCCGGUUACUUUGCACUACAAGCUAUUCGUUCAACCGUACGGUUACAUUAUGUACAAUCAACCGGAUAUUAUGCUGUUCAUAUUCUGAGUGAUACAUUAAAAAAUGGUUUUUAUCAAUAUUUCGUCACCCUUAGCACGAUUCCGGAAAUGAUCGAAAGAAAAGAGCAAAUAAUACAUGCAAAUACAACGAUUCAGGAUAUAUCGAAGGAAAAACAAAAAUUGGAAUUAUUUACAAAAUUAACUACAACUACUUAUUCCGAAAAUUUAUCAACCCCAAAAUCAUUUACAGUUAUUGAAAGAAACAACGAUAUCAUAAAUUUCGAUGAUCAGUUUAUUGUAAAUACAAACGGUUAG